CUUUCAACUUCACUCGGUUUCUCUACCAUGUGAGUUGAGUGUCCAUCAUAUGCUCUCUCUCUCUCUCCUCUCUCUCUCCCUCUCUCUCUCAUUUCAAGACCUUGAAGUUGGUGCUAUGAAGAUUCCUCUGUUCUUCUGCUGGUAGAAUAGAAUCGGAUCAAGAUUCAAGAGACCUGUUAUUGGGCUCAAGCUGCAAGAUCACUGCUUCAAUUAUUUGAGGUAAAAGAUGGUGGCUGAGUCUUGGUUUCGCGGGCUAUGGAAAUCGUCGAAAAAACAUGAUCAUGGUGAAAAGGUUCGAAUGGGGGUGUUGGCGUUUGAAGUUGCAAGCCUGCUUUCGAAGCUAGUUCAUCAAUGGAAUUCUCUAACCGAUAAACAGGUUACGAAACUAAGGGAUGAGAUUAGUAGCUCUGUGGGUAUCAAAAAGCUUGUUUCAGAAGAUGAUGCUUAUAUAGUAGAUUUAAUUUGCGCUGAAAUGCUACAUAAUUUAGAAAAUGUGGCGAGAGUUGUGACACGUCUUGCAAAACGAUGCAAUGACCCGGUUUUAAAAUGCUUUGAGCAAGCUUAUGAUGCGUUGAUCAAAUCGGGUGAUGACCCGCACGGAUGGCAGUUGUCGUGGAAGAAGAUGAACAAGAAAGUAAAAAAGAUGGAGAAGUUUGUUCUCAUCAACGCAAAUUUGUAUCAAGAAAUAGAAACGCUAACAGAACUCGAACAAAUUUUGAGGAGAAUGAAGAGCAAUGAAGAUCAAGACAGCAUAACGUUGGUUGAAUAUACGAAGAAACUGUCGUGGAGGCAGCAAGAAGUCAAACGACUGAAAGAGAUGUCUUUAUGGAACAAGACUCACGAUUAUGUCGUUUUCCUUCUCGUGAGAUCCAUCUUCACCAUUUUCGGUCGAAUCGCACAUGUUUUUGGAAUCAAUCACGUGUUGCCAGAUGUCGAAUACUCUGAUUCUCUAGAUUCCGAUCAUAUGAAUCGAAGUCAAUCUGUUUCCGCAUUGCUUCAAUCUUCUAUCCACCCAUCUGAAUAUAGGAUUGCUCGGUUUUCCUCCGGGCCCUUGGGAGAUGUAGUUUCCAGAUCCGGCCCGAUUUCAAGUACAAAUAAUUUGAACGCUUACUAUUCCGGUCCACUUGGAAGUUCAAUACCAUAUUCUGGUAAUAAACAUCGGAACAUGACUUAUUCUGGUCCUAUUGAGAAGUCAACACCAAAGUCAACGACAAAGUUCGGCCCGCUAGCUCGUGCUACUAGAACCAGGCUGAAACUAUGGCACGGAAAGACCGCCACACCAAAUCGUUUAAGCACCACGGGACCGUUUAAGGGACGCAUGUUUGAUGGAAACAAAGAAUCCGAUGUGGAAAUUAGCUCCAAACAAAAGAAAUUUAACGCACCUCCGGAAACCCUUGGUGCUGCUGCGUUAGCUUUACAUUAUGCUAAUGUUAUUAUCGUUCUCGAGAAACUUGUCGCGUCACCUCACUUAAUUGGUCAUGAUGCAAGAGACGAUUUAUACAAUAUGUUACCCAAAAACGUGAGAAGCGCUCUUAGAACGAGGCUAAAACCGUAUGCUAAAAGUUUGGCUUCGUCAGAAUACGACACGGGUUUAGCUGAAGAAUGGAGUGAGGCGAUAUCGGGAACUUUAGAAUGGUUAUCUCCACUCGCUCAUAAUAUGAUUCGAUGGCAAUCCGAAAGAAGUUUUGAGCACCAAAAUUUGCUUUCUAAAACGAAUGUGCUUCUUGUACAGACUCUUCAUUAUGCAAAUCAAGAGAAAACAGAAGCUACAAUUACGGAACUUCUUGUCGGUCUUAAUUACAUAUGGCGGUUUGGUAGAGAAGUUAACGCAAAAGCUAUGUUGGAAUGUGAAAGCGGUGGUGUCAUUGGUGAUUCUGGUGAUCCGGUGAACUUGACAAGUUGAGGAUGGUUAGCUUAUUGACGAUGACAAACGGUUCUAGUCUAAAUGGUGAGGACCUGUUUCGUUAGCCGCUUGUGGGUGCAAUCUCAAGAACCAUGAAUGGCGUGAGUCAUGAUCUAGCGCGGCUGUUUUAAAAGGUACUGUUGAAGAUUCUAAAGAUACAUGUGUUUUCAAGGUUGCAGUGUUGAUGGCUGUUGACCUUCUGGCAUAGAAUUGAUAUGGGUAUUUGCUUGUUUGUAGAUGUAUAGUUAAUGGUGAAACAUUUCUAAUGAUGUGGUUUUUACCUUAUAAAAGUUUUCAAUUAUAUAAGACGUUUGAAGUUGAGGAGUU